CGUUUACUCUGGCGGUGUAGACGGCAGUGGGGCGCUGAAGAAGUGGUGAUGUGGCUUUCUAGUUCAUUAUUUACAAACAAAGGCGACAGGCACAAAACUGUCCUGACUUGUAACACGCACAUAAUCUUCCAAUUAAGCAUAACAAAAAGCACCUUCUUAAUUUUGUGCGAAUGAAAAAGAACAACUGAUUUCAGGACAAGCGGUGAGCGCCUGGAAGAUCGAGGUCUCGCCAAAAACACCCAUUAAAAUAACACUAGAAAGUAAAAGAAAAAAAGAAACGACUAUCUUAUUCUGUUCACAUUUUCGCCCGGAUUCUCAAUGCAUACGCUUUGCACAAGAGCCAGUAUGAAGCCAGAAAUCGCAGCGGCAGUGGGAUUUCUUUCGAGGUUUCUGAGGACAAAGGGGUUCGUUAACGAUCGGCAGUUACAAACAUUCAGCCAGUCUCUUCAGGAUCUGCUGGCAGAGCAGUACAAGCACCACUGGUUUCCAGAGAAGCCAUGUAAAGGUUCAGGAUAUCGAUGCAUCCGGAUCAACCACAAAAUGGACCCACUUGUUGGCCAAGCAGCUCAAAGAAUUGGACUGAGCAUCGAACAGCUUUACCGGUUGCUGCCCAGUGAGCUCACUCUGUGGGUGGACCCUUUUGAAGUGUCUUACCGCAUUGGAGAGGAUGGGUCCAUCUGUGUGCUGUAUGAGUCCCAGCCAGGAGUGGCAAAUCCACAAAAUGCUGCUAGUAAUGCCUUGCAAAUGAUGGACAGCCGGAUCAGUUGCAAAGAGGAGCUGAUGAUGGGAAGAACCAGCCCUUCCAAAUCCUACAGCAUGAUGACUGUUUCCAGUUAAAGUCAUCACUUAUUGUUGCGGAUCAUCUAGGGGAUGGAGAAUUUUUAGAUUUUACACCUCUUUUCAUUUUACUAAAUGGAAGUUUCCUUUUAGUAGGGGGUGGAGGGGAAAGGGUUGGAAUAUAGAAUUCGAAGUUACAGGCAAAUGUGAAGAAUCUUACCCUGAUGUUGGGACAAGUAACUUUCACUUAAUUGCCACACUUGGAAGUAAUUCUGGGCAGCCUUUAUAUGUAGAAUUUGCACUUUUGUCUUACUGUAAUAAGAAAAUAUUUCUUCAGGAUGUUUUGGUUACUGGAGUUUUUUUU